AUGUCAACCUGGAGACUGGCGAACAUUAUCCUCGCUGUCGCCGGCGUCAGCUUCCUGAGCAGCUUUGCUACUGGUGUUCUGACCAUUGGUCUUCCACAGACAGCCAUUGAUAUUAAGCUUUCAGAGGAUUUGAUUUUUUGGCCAUCUUCUGUGUAUUCACUGGCAAGCGGUUCAUGUCUUCUUCUAGCGGGCUCGGUGGCCGACGUAGUUGGAAAUCGGCCGGUAAACCUCAUCGGAUGCUUUCUAGUUGGCUGCUUCAUCCUAGCCUGUGGUCUUGCGCGAACGGGUAUUGAACUGAUAAUGUUUCGCGCAAUGCAAGGCGUAGCUGUAUCGCUGUGUUUACCUACAUCCGUGGCCAUUGUGUCGAACUCUGUUCCGAAUGGACGUACAAGAAAUAUUGCCUUUUCCUGCCUGGGAUUUGUGCAGCCAGUAGGUUUUUCUGUAGGCCUGGUUCUCGGCGGACUAAUGCUCGACACCGUUGGAUGGCGAUUGGGGUACUAUAUCUCUGGGGGACUCACCUUUCUCCUUUUCAUGAUCAGUGUUAAGGCUUUGCCUGCGGAAAAAAAGACAACUGGCAGGGAUGUUAUCACCAAACUUCGCACUGAUAUUGACUGGGUUGGAGGCUUUGUCUCCUGUGUGUCUCUUUGCCUGUUUUCCUACAUUCUUGCAGCCUUGACAAAUGAUAUCUCAAACAUCAAACGUCCUGUAAACAUCACCUUGCUUAUCAUUGCUGUGGCUCUCGUGCCCGUGUUUAUUCUUUGGGAGCAACGCCAAGAACGCCGUGGACAGCCAGCCCUAAUGCCGAACUCCCUGUGGAAGAACCGCGUCUUCACUAACAUUUGCUUGAUGGUUAUGUUUGCGUGGGGAGUAUGCAAUGUAAUGGAACUAUUCUGCAGUUUAUUCUUUCAAAAAGUUCAAAAUCUCAACGCGUUUGAAGCCUCAAUCAGGAUCUUGCCAAGUAUGAUCGUCGGAUCAAUCUGCCAGCUGAGCACUGGACUCUUGAUCCAUCGCAUUUCUGCAUUUUACUUGGUCGUCGGAUCCAUGAUUCUGAGCGGAGGUGGCCCCCUCCUUAUGGCAGUGAUUGACGCGCGGUGGCCAUACUGGUACGAUGCCUUCUUCGCUCAGCUCCUGGCACCCCUCAGCGCCGAUAUUCUGUUCACAAUUGGCCUGCUCGUUGUCUCGGACUUAUUCCCCACGCGCACGCAGGCGCUUGCCGGAGCUGUGUUCAACACCGUUUCGCAGUUUGGCACGUCGAUUGGCCUGACCGUAAUGGCAGUCAUUUCGUCAGCAACUACUAAGCACUAUUCCAAGUCCGCGUCUAAUUCUUCUUCCCCCGACGCGCUUUUGGUAGGCUACAGAGCGGGCUUUUGGGCUGCGUUUGCCUGGAUGAUGAUUGCUUUUCUGAUUGGAGCCUUUGGGUUGCGCAAUAUUGGAAAAGUUGGUUUGAAACGAGACUGA